CACCCACAGUUCGACCCAAAUUUUCACACAAAUGUCCACCGACAGCGAGCCCAAGAAGAUUGGCGGCUUCAAGCCCCAGCCCCGCGUUGCCUGCGAGAUUUGCGACAAGACCGUCUACCCCAUGGAGCAGAUCUCUGCUGACGGCCACAUUUACCACAAGACGUGCUUCCGAUGCCAGGAGUGCAAGAAGAUUUUGUCGCUCGGCGCCUACUCUGCCGUCGCCGGCCAGGUCUUCUGCAAGCCCCACUUUACCCAAAUAUUCAAGACCAAGGGCAACUACGACACUGCCUUCGGCAAGGAGUCCCUGAAGGCCAAGUGGGCCCCUGCCCCUGCUGCCGAGCCCGUCCGCUCGUCGCGCUACUCUGAGCCCAAGGAGGAGCCCCGCCGCCAGGCCCCCGCCUCCGCUGCCGCCGCCGAAGAGGACGAGCCCCAGCAGCAAGAGGAGGAGGAAGAAGCUCCCCGCCACCGCCACCGCGAUGAGGAGGAGGAAGAGGAGGACAACUAGAGCAUUUUUUCCCCAUUUGUUGUUUUCGAGACGAUUUGGUUCCAAAGGUCAACUGCUCAUGUUGUUGGGCUUCUCCCCUCGCGUUCGAAAUCAUUCGCAGUCGUGUCCAAUAGGCACUGGUGCCGCAUGACUGUUUUGUGAUUGUUCUGGACCGCCCCAACUUUGACUUUUUGUUUUCAUUUCGUUUGCUCGGCUUCUUUUUGGUUUGUUUGUUUAGUCCGCCCUGCUUCUUGUUGUUCUCUUGGAUUCUUUGUAUUCACGUGUUCGCUUGUUCCGACUCUUGCUCCGUGCGCUCUGCGGGAGGUGAUGCCGUGUGCGUGUGUACUCUUUGUGCAUAAACAGUUAAAACUUUUCAGUAA